AUGAAAGAAUUUUUUAAAAAUUACAGUUUGCCUAAAUAUACAGAAAUUGUGUGUAUGUUAACAUUAGGAAUUGUUUUACAAAUGACAGAUGGAUCCCCAUUCACGUUAAAAAAAGGUUUGACGAUUGUUUGGGAAACUGAUUUACCUUCAGAAUAUUUCAGUCCAGUUGAUGCAGCUCCAGGUAUAAUGUUGAUAUGGCUUCUUAUUUCUGCAGUUAAAUCAAUAGGUAUGACUUUUUUCGAAGCCUUAACCGGAGUUUAUGUUUGCAGUGCAUUUGGUUCAAUUCGAAACGAUUGUAUUGAAUUUUUUUUAUCUAAAUCUGUUGAAAUAAUUUUUGCUACUUACCUCUGGGUUAGCGUUUUGUAUGUUUAUCAAGAUAUGAGAAGAAUAAGAGAAAAUCAAAAGAAACCCGAAAGUUGGGAUGAAUUUUUUAACCAAAUAGGUUUUAGACGUCCGAGAACUAGAAGUCUAAUGGACGAAUCGAUAUUAAAAAAAACAGCUUGCCUUAAUAAUUUUGAAUUUAGAGACGUUCCACAAAUUAUUUUACAAAUGUUGAGAAGAGAAGAAGACAUGUCGAGAGAUUCACUUUUAGGUCCCGGCAUGAUGUUGGCAUCCGUAUCGAAUUUUGGAAGUUUUGACGAUUUGAAAACAUCUCAUUCAUUGGGAGAAUUAGGAUUGUUCGAUUUAAAAUCCGUAGAAGUCAUGGAAAUAGACGAUCGUGAAUUAUUAAAACCUUCCGAAAAAGCUCUUAAAUUUCUUAAAAUGAAUUGGGAUGACGUGGAAAACACGGUUAAAAAUCGACAACCUUUGAACAAAAACAUUUUUAAAAUUGAUGAUAAUACGUGGAAAGACCUCGGGGCUAAUGACACGAGUGUAAAUAAACCGAAAACUGGAAGACCAGAAAUAUUUCUUAAAGAUUUAACAAAUUUAAAUGCCUCGAUUGAAAAUUCAUUACUGAGAGAAGAAAAAAAAAGGAAAACGUUAACUUUAAAAUUUGGAUUUUCCCUUUUUAGCUUUCUACGUGAAAAAGAAGAACUUAAAAUAAAAGAAGAAGAACAAUUAUCUUACAUAUCUAAUACGGAUGAUGACGAAGAUGAAGAGGAUGGUGAAGAUUAUAACAUGGCGAUGCCAUUGUUCAUGUCGAACAUAAAAGAAGAAGUGCCCGUUAAUAGAAUACAUUUGGAUUUCGUUUCUAGAAAAAUUAAAGGAAACACAUACGCCAAACUUUAUAAAGAAGAUUACAUGAGUGUUAUCGGACCCGAAGUUUACGAGAGAGCAACGAAAUUACCAAAAUUAAAUUCUCCUAUUUAUUCGAAAUUACUCACGAAAUCAUCAACAAGUUUGCCAAACAUCACAGACAAGAAAAAACUUUCGCAAACGAUAAAAAAUUCAUUUGAUUCCAACAUGGAAAGUCAUUCAAUAUUCGGUUCGAUAAAUUCAAAUAAAAUGAAUAAUGAUAAUUUAGUUAACGUGGCUUUAGAUAAAUCAUCCAAUUCGAAAAUAAGUUACGAUUCGGAUGAAAGACUAUUGGAAUCAAGCGUACCUGAUGAUUUAUGUUCUUUUUAUACGUAA